CUCUUUUUUUCUUACUUCUUUUCUUUUUCAUUCUAAUUCAUUUCUCAUUGCUACAUCACAACUGUUACAACUAAAACCAACUUCAAACCAACUUCAAACAUUUCUUCUGAAUGGUCAACGAUAAACCCCCGAUCUCUAGCAACAAUGCUGCUGGUAUAGACCAUCCUACUUUCAAAGCUUCUCCUAGCUCUAGCAGUAUCAACAACAACAAACAACUGUCCUUCGUCACCGGUAUGGACGGGGACACUAUCCAGGAUGUACCUCCAGUCUUACCAGGGGCAAGCCCAUCCAACGUGGAAGGCUACUCCAUCUACUCAAACGUCAAGGACGGCAAGGCCAGCAUCGAACAUCAGAUUGAGAUCAACGUUGUGGAUCUUUUCGAUGUCAAAAGCAACAAGGAAAUCUCGCUAGAGGAGGUUAUGGUUGGGUUGCGUUAUGUGAUGGAGUAUCGUAUCAAAGGCGGUCGUUUCCCAAGUCUUGAUUAUGACAUUAUGAAGCGUCUCGCCGACGGUCUCCUUUUGAACAUGGGGGAUACUGAAAAAAAAGGACGAUUUCGCCAGUCUCUCUCGGAAGAGGCUGAUAUUGCUUUUCAGCUCUUUGGAGAGUUUCUUUUGGAAGUGCAAGAAUUUCGUCAAACAGUUGGAGAAAAGCCAGUGUCGGAUCUUCGCCAUGCGUUAAAGUUGGAUGUCCGCUGUGGUUCUGGGUCUACUGUUCAGCAACAACAGGCAGCUGUAGCACUUAUUGCUCUCUUGACCGCCAUUUACCCUCAGUUCUCGGAUUGGAAAGAGUUGGUCAAGAGCGAAGGUCAGCGGAAUGUGGAAAGAUGUAUGCGCGAACAUGCGGAUUUCGUCAAGGCUGAGAAAAUGCCAGAGAUGCCUGGUGUGAUUCUUGCUCCUCAAGCCCUGUGCUUCGAUCGUCGGAUUAAACGUUGUUUGAAAAUGUUCCGUACUUCACUGGAGACUGGUUUGCCUUCAGAAGCUAUUCCGGCCCUAAGGGAACAUUAUGGAAGGAACAUUCUUCCUCAACCUCCACGCACCUCUGUCUUCAAGAUGCUAUGGACCCAAUUUACAGACUUUAUGAUUUUGCUUCUCUUGGCUGUUGCAGUUCUAAUGGGUGCUACAGAAGAUUACGUUCCCAUGGCUGUUCUACUGGUCGUCGUCAUUCUCAAUGCUAUCAUUGGGUUCACACAGGAGUAUAAGGCUGGCAAGGCGCUUGAUGCGUUGACAAAGUUAUCUGUGCCAAAGGCACAGGUCCUCCGUGAUGGUGUGGCAUCUGUAAUUGACUCAGAGGAACUUGUGCCUGGAGACAUCGUGAUUUUGGAGGAGGGCGAAUCCGUGCCUGCAGAUUUGCGUCUUGCCGAAGUCUCUCAAUUGGAGAUUGUUGAGUCUAUUCUCACAGGAGAAUCCGUCGCCGUUAGCAAGGACCCCAAGGAAAUCAGGACAUUAACACGCAAACUCCCUCUGGGAGACUGCAAGGGAAAUGCAUUUAUGUCAACUGUCGUCGCAAAGGGUCGUGGAAAAGGAAUUGUCGUCCGUACGGGUCGAUUGACUGAGAUGGGAAAGAUUAGUGCGGCCAUUACAGGUCAACGUAAGGUUUUAACUCCUGUCCAGCGUAAACUCGCUAUGCUUGGUAAACUGUUGGUUGCGUUCGCUAUCGUAUUUUGUGCUAUCAUGGCGGGUAUCAGAAUCCAUUAUAACCCUGACAACGUGAAGGGGUCUCUCAAGCUCGCUUUGAGUUUGGCUGUCUCUGUCAUUCCUGAAGGUUUGGUAGCUGUCGUCACGGUGACCAUGGCCUUGGGUGUCCGGCGCAUGGCGUCAAAACAGGCUAUUGUACGCACUCUUCCAGCAGUCGAAACGCUUGGUAGUGUGACAUUCAUUUGCUCAGAUAAAACCGGUACACUCACAGAAGGGAAGAUGGGGGCUGCAGAACUCUGGACAAGCGACGGCUCCAAAUAUGGUUUCACAGAAAGUACUAGCUUGGAUCCUAAUAAGGGUGAUGUGGUUCUCAAAGCGGGAUCUGAAGAGGCUCCGCAGGUUUUGGGCAAAUCUCUUGAUCAGGUUCCUGCACAAAUGCUGCUUUCACUCAUGGUGUCAUCACUUUGCAACAAUUCAUCUGUGGUUAAGAAAGAACUGGUUGAAGAUGCUAUCGCUAACAGUCAGGCGGCCAAGUCCACCUCAAUGACUAUUGAGGACGCCGACGCUCGAGCGAAGCCAGAGGAAGUCGAGUGGAAAGGCAUUGGUGAUCCAACCGAGGUCGCCUUGGUGGUUGCAGCCCAAAAGGCUGGAUUCCCAAAAUCAUACUUCCAGGAGCUUGGAUACACCCGUAUUUAUGAACAAGCAUUCGACAGUGAACGUAAGGUCAUGAGCGUCGUCUAUAAAGCCCCACUUGAGGGGGCUGACCAUUACGAGUUUUUGUUAGCAAAAGGUGCACCUGAAGAGAUUCUUAACCGGUGUAUUGAAUACCUGCCGUCGGUGGCACCUGGCAACAUUUCGUCUCCUCUUGAUGUCCUCAAACCGAGUGAAAUUGGCCUAACUAAGCCUGUAACAGAGGAGUUUUAUGAUAUUGUUUCAGAUGCCUCAGGCAGAAUGGCUGAUGAAGGCCUUCGUGUUUUGGGUUUGGCAUAUAAAAAGAUCAAAGUCAAUGGUGGUUGGGAUGUUGGAACAGCUGAAAAUUAUGGAGAUGGAUUAGAUAACAUCAACAAAAGCAAGGACCAAAAAGAAGCAGCACCGCCUACGCAUUUGCCUACAGAUGUGGACCGAAUGACAGCAGCUAACGUUGCGGCACAAGGCGAUGAUGAUGAUGAGGAAGAGAUUCCACUUGGCUAUGCGGAGAAUGAUCUUGUAUUUUUGGGACUGAUUGGUUUAAUUGACCCUGCUCGUGCUGGAGUCAAAGAUAGUGUACGGAUCUGUAAGGAGGCCGGAAUCACUGUUGUUAUGAUUACUGGAGAUCACAUCAAGACUGCAAGUGCCAUUGCCAAGGAACUUGGUAUUCUUGAAGAAGGUGGACGUGCUAUUAAGGGUGAGGAAUUGGAUCUGUUGUCAGAACAGGCUAUUGCUGAGUUGAAGCCAUUCCCCAAUGUUUUUGCUCGUGUGUCACCAGAUAAUAAGCUCAAGCUGGUUACUGCUCUCCAGAGUCGUGGGGAAUCAGUGGCUAUGACAGGAGAUGGUGUCAAUGAUGCUCCUGCCAUCAAGGCUGCUAAUGUAGGAGUAGCAAUGGGUAUUGCCGGAACAGAUAUUACCAAGCAAGCAGCGGAUAUUGUACUUGCAAACGACAAUUUUAACACUAUUGUUGAGGCCGUUGAGGAAGGUCGUCAAGUAUUUGAAAACAUUCUUAAGUUUAUUGUUUACCUUCUGAGCUGCAACUGUGCCGAGAUUUUCCUGUUCCUUCUCUGCGCAGCCAUCAACCAAGACCCACCAUUUGGUGUUACUAUGAUUCUUUGGGCCAACAUUAUCGCUGAUGUACCCCCUGCUAUGGCGUUGGGAAUCGAACCUGCAGAGCCAGGCCUUAUGAAUCGUCAACCACGCUCACCAAAUCGUGGUAUCCUGACUUGGACAUCUAUAUCUGUGAUUUUAUUCCAGUCACUCUCGCUGAUGCUGCUUACGUUUGGUGUGUACAUGUGGGCGGAUCGGUCGUCAGAAAAUUUGGCCUAUGCUCGUUCAGAGGCCUUUACAUUUCUGACAACAUUGCAGUUACUCCAGGGGUUCUUGUCUAGAACUAUGCGGACAUCACUCUUCAAGGUGAACUUUUUUGGAAAUAAGUGGAUGAUCAUAGGCGUAACGAUCAGUUUCGUCUUGAUGAUUAUCGGCAUUUACGUCCCAUGGUUCAACAUAGAAGUGUUGGAGCUUGUACCUGUGGGUGGCAUUACUUGGGCUAAAGUCGCUGUUGGAUGCGUUAUCUUGAUUGUAUUGAGCGAGCUUGAAAAAAUGGUUUUGCGCCUUGGAGGAUGGACCAUUUAAUUUUAUUCCCCUCUCUGCCUUUAAUUCAGUGUAAAUAGGAGCUUCACCACUCUGCUUCAGAUUAAUUAAUAUGCACCAUGAUUGUAAUACAAAUAAUACAG